GGUAGACUGCAUAUAAAUUGGUGAGAUGCGUAGUGUGUGCAUGAGAGAUUCUUGCCCACCUAAGAAGAAUGUUGGUGUUCCUGCUUCUAUCUAAUCUCUCAUUCUCAGGUGCUGUGCAGAGUGGCAUCUUUGGAGGUCGUGAGGCCAAGCCCCACUCCAGACCCUACAUGGCUUCACUGCAGAUUCCAACACACAGCACACCACCAGGACACCACACGUGUGGAGGUGUACUGAUCAGGGAGGACUACGUACUGACUGCUGCACACUGUCACAAGGCAGAAGUAGUGGUUCUGGGUGCACACAACAUCAGUAUGAAGGAGAAGAGCCAACAGCGCAUCAACAUCUCUGAGUACACCCCGCACCCAAAGUACCCCAAGAAACAGCUUCCAGUCGGGGACCCCAGGAAUCAGGAGCACGACAUCAUGCUGCUGAAGCUGAAGACCCCGGCUAAGCUGAACAAGUAUGUGAAGGUGCUGGAGCUCCCUAAGAAGUACGGGAAGAUCCCAGCGGGGGUGCAGUGUGAGGUGGCGGGGUGGGGCAAGAGAGUCCUGGGGCGGUGGGCGGAGAGCGUCCUGUACGAGGCUUACGUCACGCUGGACAAGGCAGCCAACUGCAAACGGAUAUGGGAGAAGUACUUCAACCAGGACCAGAUGACAUGCAGCAUCUCAGACGGGAGAGAGGGGGUAUGCCAGGGUGAUUCCGGAGGCCCCCUCAUCUGUAAACAGGCUAAGGCCAGGAUCCUGUAUGGAGUCACCGCCUACACUGGAGAACCAUGUGACAACAAAGAUUUCCCAGAAGUCUACACGAGAGUGCCCUACUUCCUGCCCUGGAUCAAAGAGGUCCUGGGUAUGAAUAAUGCUCUGGAGACACCUGGAUCAGACAGGUCCUGGGUAUGAAUAAUGAGACACCAACUCAGUUACAGGCAUGAAGUUCAUGAGUGAGAGACAGUUGCUGCCCUGCCAGUGUGUGUGUGUGUGUGUGUGUGUGUGUGUGUUCCUACUCUUUGGUAUAGAAUGGCCAUGGACCGGGGACAUGAGGUGUACUCCUCUCCUAAUGCAUACGCUGUCCUAAUCAAUCACUUAUAUAAUGCAUACGCUGUCCUAAUCAAUCGAACACCUGAGUACGUAGAGCCAAAGAACACUGGUAAAGGCCUGAUAUGCACCUAUCAAUUCUAAUUAGUUUAGUUACGUAUUCUUAUAUGUGAAUCGAUUCUGUAAAAGCAGCUUUUCUCAUCUCUCCUUGAGCUGGAGAUGAUAUGUGUUGGACACACACACACACACGCAUGCACACACACACACACACACUCUCACACACACACAUGUUUUGUGUUGGACGCUCAUGAACCCAAUGAAGCCCCUAAUAAAGCACUCAGGAUGUGAAGCUGUCUACUGCAUGUUUCUUUACUGUGCUUCAGAUGAAACAG